AUGGAUAUUAAGAAUGAUAAGAUUAGAACGAAUGAAUCAACUACAAUAGCAACAUUUGUUUUACAUCCAAAUGUUAUUCAGGCUAUAAAAGAUAAAUCUCCAGAUGAUGAACAUUUCGAUAAUGUUAGACAUUUUUAUUUUGGUGAAAAUCAAUUUGCAAGCUCAAUCCCUCAACACAAUAUUCUUCCUUUUGACGAAACAUGCAAUGAUCUAAUGGUUUCUGAAUGCAUAGACAUGCUGGAAUUUGAAAUAUCAAAUGAUGAUCACUCGAUUGCUCAAUUCAAAAAACUUAACUUGCCUCAUAAAUUGUAUUUACAAGAAG